AUGCGGUAUUGUGCAGUGGGUGCUCUCCGGAGAGGGUUGCCUUGCUCUGGGAGGCUUUGCAGGGGACCGUUCGUUCGGUUUGAGUCCGUGACCGCGGGGACAAGUGUGAAAUCCGGUAAGAGAGGAGGGUCCCGAUGGUUUACGCGCGUUCUGCUAGGGUUUCUCGUCCCUUACACCGGGUACGCGGUGUAUGUUACCGUGUCUACUGCGCAGGAGAUCAAGUAUAGACACCAACACUGCAUUAAGGGGCUGGAAGACCCGGAGGACCCGCGGUUUUACAGCUUUGAGACUACGCGGAUGAAGUACUCCCCGUUGAAAGUGUUGGGGAGGUACGAGAACCCGUUCGUCGAGUAUAGGAUACAGACGAUCUACGAGUUCUUCUUCAACAGGAUCGUGGAGCUCUUCGAGCGGAACAGGGGCGGGAUACCACCGGAUAAGAGACAGAUGCGCGCGCUGAUGCCCGUUCACAAACCAACAUGGUCUGGGGGGGAACCACUGGAUCACGAGUGUACGGGUAAUUUGAGACACGAUGUUGUCGCCCUGGAGGACGCGGUCCCUGCCGCGGUGGGUGCCCAUACCACUGACACAGACGAACCGCCGCUUUACAAUACAUGGUUGGGCCAAUCGUGCAACUUCGUCGUGUACAACGGUCUCAAGAUACUCACAGACCCGAUAUUCAGCGAUCACUUGCUCCACGAGUCCCUCGGCCCGAAGAGGAUAACCGACGUGCCCUGCCCGAUAGACAAACUGCCGCAACCGGAUGUCAUCCUCGUGUCGCAUAACCACCCGGACCACUUAGACCCAAUGAGCCUGCAACACUGGAACGACGACAACAACCCGAACACGUUGUGGAUAGUCCCCACGGGGAUGAAGAAGUACCUCACGAGCAACAACAUCUCGAACUUCAUAGAGUUGUCCUGGUGGGAUACCUGCGAACUCGUGCAACCGGACGGUACCGCUUACAACAUCACGAGCACCCCUGCAAUGCACUGGUCUGGGAGGUCUCUCAUGGACACGAACGAGUCCCUGUGGUGCUCAUUCAUAAUGACACACCGCGGGAAACCGGUCCUGUUCCAUGCGGGGGACACUGGGUACGUCAAGGACCUCUACAUCCGCAUCAAGAACCAAUUCGGCGCAGGUUGCCGUCUUGCAUUGCUCCCCUGUGGACAGUACUGCCCAGAAUGGCACCAAAGGCCCAGACACAUCAACCCAUCGGAGGUGGUGAAAAUCAUGAGGGACUUGAAGGCGCAAAACGUGCUCGGAGUCCACUGGGGUACUUUCGUGCUCAGCGGUGAGUACUUCCUGGAACCCAAACAGAAGCUGGAACUCCUGGCAGAGUUCGAGGGGAUACGCGAUCAUUGUUACUGCCCGGAACUUGGAAAGACGGUACGGUUUUGA